AUGGCCCGUCGAAAGAAGCUUGUUGACGCCGGAGAAGGCGAGCCCCCACAGGAAACCCCUCCGCCCAAGAGCUCUCGCAAGAAGGCCUCCUCACCAUCAGUCGGACCUGCAGUGGAACCUGCAGGGCCCUCGCCCAUCACCCCAAAGAAACCAAAGACAGCCAAGCGUCAGCUAGAUGACAGCCAGACGUCGUUGGAAGAAACAACACCUACUCCGAAGAAGCGAGCUACGCCCAAGAAAGUCACCACGCCAAAAGACCCACAGACUAUGGCUAAUGACAGAGUCUCUCGGGCUCGCACUCAGAAGCAGGUGGUUCCCAACUUGAGUUUAUUUACUUGA